AUGGAGCUGCCAGCGCCAUACUCGAUCGGGAAGGCAUCAGGCUCGUCCUUCCAGCAUCCGGUCGAGAGCGUCCUCGACUACUCGCGGGCAACGUACUGGGAGUCGUUUGCCAAGCCGACCGAGACCAUCGUCCUCGCCCUGCAAAGCAAGACGCUCCUCUCCGAAGUACGUAUCCUCAACAAGAACGCCCAUGCUGUCGACGUCAGCGUCGCCGUCGAGAACAAGCGCGACGACUACAUCACCGUGAAGAAGGACGUUCGACUGCCGCUGCACCGCGAAUCCACCAUCAAGCUCGGGUACUUGCCCGCGUGCUUCCUACGACUUACGUUCAAGCGACAAGCGCAAACCUCCGUCUCCGUCUAUGGCAUUCGUCCCCUCGGUAUCGCAUGUGUGGUCCUCGAGGAAGACGGCGGUCCCGCCCUCUUCAACGUCGUUAGCUUCAAGACCGAGACUAUUUUGUAUGGACCAUCGCUGCCUGCAAGCCUGCCCCGCCGCGACUGCCUCAGCGAUCACAUCUCUGGGUCACCCGAGUGGAUGAAGCGACAUGAUAGCUGUGUCGAUGCGCAGCUCACACGUCUCGAGGCGACGCUCCAACACGCGGCCAAGGCCCACUCGUACAUGUACUAG